AUUAAUCGAGUACGACACAAAUUCAAUUGUUAUUUGAUUAGUUUAUUAAAAUUUAGUUUGAUCCGGUUCGCGUCAAAUUCCAACCUGGCUCGACUCGCUUCCAACCAGACGCCACUGCCUUUCCCCUUCCGAGCAGCAGCGGCCGCUUCGCUUCGCUUCGUUUGCUUCGUUCGCCGGCGGCAGCGGCGGUGGCGGCGGCGGCGGUGAGGGUGGGGUUGGGGAUUGGGGGAUCGAACCUCGCUGGAUAUAUAGAUGCCUCCAUGGAUCCAAUCGGCGACCCAUCGCCGUCGUCCCGGCGGUCGGUGAAGCGGCGGCCUCCCGCGCGAUCGCCGGAGCUGUCGCCGAAGGCGUGGGGAGGGGAGGCGCCGGAGCUGAUCCGGCGGCUGGAGGAGCUGGAGGAGGCGGCGGCGCGGCUGCGGGGCGAGAAGGAGGCCGCGGAGGAGGCGGCGCGGGAGCUGCAGGCCGAGUUGGAUGCGGAGCGGGCGUCGGCGGAGACGGCGACCAGCGAGGCCAUGCUCAUGAUCGAGCGGCUGCAGCGGGAGAAGGCGGCCGCGCAGAUGGAGGCCCGCCAGUUCCGGCGGUACGCCGAGGGCCGCGAGGAUCGCGAGCGUGAGGUACAGGAAGAGCUCGCCUCGCUCUCCGACCUCGCCGCCUCCUACCACUCCCGCCUCCAGUCCCACGGGAUCGACCCUGAUUCCUUCUCCGACGACGGCGAGGAGGAGCAGCACGACGAGGAAGAUGGCGAAGAGGUAGAACAGAUCGACACGGCCGCGCUACAGACAGAUGGAAGCAGCGGCGGCGACUCAAUCGGUGGCAUGCAGGUGAAAGCCAUGGUCGACGAUGAUGAGGAAGAGCAAUUCACCCCUGUGGAGAAGGAGUUCGAGUACACGGUGGAUGUGAGGUGCGCGAGCUCGACGACGAAGGUAUCCGGGGCGGUGGUUGUUGGGGAGUUCAUGGGGGAGGGCAAUGCAGCUGCAGGGGGAUUGUACGCCAGGGUGGAGGCUCUGGAGGCGGACAGGGCGGCAAUGCGGAGGGAAAUCGCAGCAUUGCGAGCAGAGAGAGCUCAGCUGGUGAUGGCGAGGGCGAUGGCGCGGCGGCUGUGCCGGGAGGUGGUUGCUGAACAGAAAGCCAAGAAAGUGGCUGCCUCACCACGAAGCUUCUCGGUGCUAGGGGUUUGCAAGUGGGUGCUCUCGAUAAUCUUUUGGAGAAACAGAAGUUCCACAGCCAGGUAUACCUUCGGUCUGUCAACUACGUUCCUUGGCUUCCUACUGCUGCUCGACAGAUCCACCAUGUUGAGUCCCUGGCGUCGUCUGCCUAGCCCACGGCAAUGAAACGACCUUCCCGGGCAUAUUGUCUAUAAAUCAGAACCUGGAAUCAUUGUUUACAGCUUCAUUGUAAGUGUGUGUAUUGCAUUCUUUGACAUGUUCUUCCUCUUCUUUUUUUUUUCUUUUUUGCCCAAGCACAGUUUUUGAGCUGUAUGUUUUUAUUUGGAAGCUUUGAGCUUGUCUUAUAGUGUGUUUAUUCAAACCUAGGCGUGAAUAGCUUGUAAUCAGGAGCUAACUGACAUGCUCUGUGUAGAGUGUACAUCAUAGUAAGCUAUGGAAUCUGAUCUUGUUUGCGCGGUUGCCGAAAUGCUGGAGUGUUGCAUCUGGUUUGCA